AUGGCAUUCACCGGUGAGACGCGACGGUUUGAGAUGCACCAUGAUACACCAGUUGCUGAUGCUUCACAUUGCUUCACCUUCGAAGCCACAGAGCCGCCCUCGAAACCUAGGCUCGCCAUGGACCUCGGUGGACACGACUUCCAUGGAUCCUGGGGCGAUUCUCAAGGUCCACCGAGAAGAAAAGAGAGGUCGACCACCGAAAAGGUGUCCUGUCCGAAAGUCGAAUUGCGGAUCCAUGUGAUACACUUUGAGGUACACCUCAUGUCUGAGAACACCUAUGGUGAUGUUUUCGGUGCUCCAGUCGUACGGAUCGGACACCCAAACAGCGACGGAUUCGGCGACUGGAUUCCGACGGUCUCUGAGGACCGACGUCUCCUUUUGGAGGACCGAAGUCUCUCGGAGAAGUCCACAAUGAUCGAAAGGAUUUGGUCAAGCUCGACCUGGUGGAAGUGGUGCAGGCAGAUCAACGGGUAGACGCGUCGUCUACCCAAGUGCUGGCAACGCCUCUUGGAGCUGCCUGCACCAGGCAGUCCUACGGCAUUGGGCGGUGAGUCGAGAACUGGAUCGCGCGCACCGUGAGGUCGCAAAAGGACGGGGGACGGGGGAUAAAGAUGGUUCCUUUUCCUGGUGCACAUGUCCAGCCGCCAUGUCAAAUUUGAGGCAGGCAUAGCAGCUUAAGGCUCUUGGGCGUGCCAUAGUGGACACAGAACUUCUCAUCAACCCUUUUUUCUCCUCUUUGCAUUGACGACUUUCACUCGACCUGGAGAAUCCUGGAGAUAGAUCAUCCUCCUUGAACAACGGAUCCCUCUCGAUGCUGGAAACCAAUCGAUGUCUCCACCUCGGGGCUUUUGGAGCAUGAUGUCUUUGGGUACUGACAUCCACUUUCCUGCUGGUUUUCGAAACAUCCGCACCGUGGCUUGAACACAAAAGCGAGUUUCACGCCAAAGGCGGAAAGGGAAGGCCAUUGGACGACUAAGUUGUGACCUCUUUGGAGUCUUUUCUUGUGACCUUUUAGGGGCCUGUUUGUGACCUCAUCCUGGAAUAAGGUCACCUCGAUUGCUUUGGGGGCCAUGGGGGCCGAGUGGAACGGACCUGGUUCGGACCUAAGCCUUCCGAGUUUGACGAUGAUGGCACCUGCCAGGGGCCCACUAACCAUCCAAAACCAUCAAACACACUAUGGUGUAUUUAACAUAUUUGAAUAUUUGAUUUGACAAAAUAUUGGUUUUGUAGCUCUGCA